GCAUACGAGGAGGUAAAAUAUAUAAUUAAGAAGAAAGGCAACACCGCCACAGUGAUAAAGCAAAGAGAAAAAGCGUGGCAAAGUAUUGCAGACCGCCUGAAUGCAUUAAACAUGAACGGGCCAAAACGGACAUGGCAGCAGGUCAAAAUCAAAUACAAGAACAUUCUGCAGAAUGCAGUGAAAAAGAAUACCCACAGACAAGGCACGGGUGGUGGGUCACCAAAGGCUGACCUUACCCCAGCAGAGGACAUGGCCUUGGAGCUAAAUAAAGGCAGGCCCGUCUUAGAGGGGAUCCCUGGGGGGAAAGAGACGAGCAUAGGUUCCUCCCAAGAUGCCACCCGCUUCAUUCAAGUGUCUGGCAGCACAGUGUUCCUGUUAGAGCCACCAGCACAAGCACCAGACGAUGCUGAUCCAGGUGAAGGCCCCAGUGCAGCAGCAACAGCACAUGAUGGAGACGAUGAUGAUGAUGAGGAGGAGACCAUCUCUCUGGAUUCCAGAAGGCAUGAGGACCCAGAUGCUAUACAGUGGGAAAACCAGCCUGGCAACAUAAGCUCACAAGCUAUCAGAAAGUUGUAUGGCAACCACCUCCGGCGCCAAAUAGAACUGGCAGACAUAGACAUUCAGUACAAGAAGAAAAAGAUGGAAAAUCUUGCACUGGAGUCCGAAAUAAAAAAGAGGACAAUUAGGAAACUGGACCUUGAAAUAAAAAAACUUGAGAGGGAGCUCCAAGAAGAUGACACAGCUCAAAAUAAAAAUUAGGUAUAUGAGCUC